AUGACGGGCAAGCGUCUGCGAAGGGAGCACACGGCGGAGUACUCUGCUGUUCCCAACUCGUCAGAGGGCCAGGGCGAGCUGGCGCCAGUCCUACUCCGAGCCGCCGCUGCCCUGGUCGAGCACGAGGGGGCCGGGACCCCAUCUCGUCCGCGGGAGCCUGUGUAUCGCUCGCCCCGCUGGCGUACCCACCCUCAUCUGCAGGCACGUGGUGGUUCCUUUCGUCGUCGCCGGCCGCCUCGCCCUCCGCCUGCCCUUCAGCGACAGAUUGUCGGUCCGCAUCUCCAGGCAACCUCUCCUCUGGUGUCACAGCCGCCUCCUCCUCAACCUCCUCCCCCGUCGUCUCAGCAGUCUUCCCAACAGCAGUCGUCCGAUCCUGCUGCCUCGUCCCCUUUGGUGGCCCCGCCUGCGCUGACGUCGGUGCCGCUAACAGCGUCGCCCUCUCUCCCGCCUCCCCUUCUGGUGCCUUCGUCGCCGGUGUCACCCGCUGGGGCACAUCUCGUGCCCCCCCUUCCCGCUCAGUCGCUUGACGCUGCCGAUCCACUGUCUGAGCUUCCUCAGCGGCAGCAUCCCCUCGUUUCUCCUGACCCCGCGCCUGUUGCUCGUUUCCCUCUCACAUCCGGGAUAACGUGGGGUCGGGACUGGGACAUCCGGUCCGACUUCGUCCUUGACGUCCUCCGUUGGGAGCGUCGCAUGAUUGGUGUUGGCGAGUGCCUCUCCCACGUGGCGACGGCGCUGGAGCAGAUGCAUGCUGGUCUGGAGGCGCGGAACUUCGUGCUGCGGGAUCCCCAACUGACCGAGGAACAGCAGGGCGUUGUCCGUGCGGCUGCGGCGCAGGGCUUGUGGAGGCUCCUCCGCUUGCCCCUUAAGUCCGAGCAUCCUGACGAGAACGAGGGGCCGGGCGCGAGGGCUUUCCGCAGGGUCGCCACGGCUGCCGAAGAAGCACCCCUGCAGCUUGUGUCUGCGUUCGCGUCCUUGCUCCGCUGA